UGACAAUAGAGGUGACCCGUACCGUUGGCUUACACUGUAUUAUCACUCUUGACAAAAUCCACUCGCUUUCUGCUUGGUCUUCGCUCACAGAAAUCCCUGUUCUUUACUAUAAUCCUCUUCUAACCAACUCUCGCCAGCCGGGCACUCGUUUUCCGUCCUCCAGAGGCUCGAUUCCAUCGACCCGAACUCCUCAUUCAAGAAAUCUCCUUUUGUAACCGCCAAUGUCGACUACGCUAUCAGGCCUCUCAGCCUCUGUUACGCGUAUCUUAUACUUGACUGGAUUUUCCAAGGAGCUCAAAACCAAAGAUAUCCAGACAGCUUUCUCGGAUUGGGAUAAUCUCAGUGGAGGGUUUAAGAUAAAGUGGAGGGAUGACACCAGCUUGCUGAUUGUCUUUCAAGAUGCUUCAGUCGCUAAACGUGCAUACCUUCAUACACUUGCCUACCCUCCUCCUAUCCUUAUAAACAACGCAACCGGUAUUCCCGCCACAGUCAAACCCUAUGAUGGUGCAGACGCCCAAAACGUCAUUCAAACCGUCAAUUCUCGUGGCCAAAACAACUCGAACAAUGCCUCACGUCGAUCCAACUCCAUAUCAGGCUUCCAAACUCACCGAGGCUCCAUCUCGAACAGAAAUGGAAACGGCAAUGGAACAGCUGCAAGUAUUGCCAACAGUACGUCUCAGCACAUCACCAUUCCCGAAUACUCUACACCGAAUGGGAAUGGGAACGGACGCGAGCCGUCACCCACCCUUCCUAAUUUGCCUUCGCAUCCGACCUUGAACUCGUUGAUUAAUUCGUCCUUGGGGGAAGCGGUUUCUAAUCCAAACACGACUCCUUCUGAUCCUGCGAUUUUGGCGACGAGUUUGAACCCGGAGAUGGGAGGCCCUAGGAUUGGCGAUUCUGGGAAGAGGAUGUUGGGUGCUGCGUUGGGUGUGAGGCAUCCUGGGCUUGCACCUAGGGUCAUCCACGGAGGGCCAGGACACCAAGGAGUCGAUGGUGUUGAGAGGGCGAUGGGCGGAUUGGUGAUCGCUGAGUAAAUGGGAAAUGUCAUCGGAGGCGUGUGUUUUCCGUUUGUUCGCCUUCGUCCUCUUUAUCCCUAACCUUUCACUCUGAUUGUUACUUUUUCUUUUCUUUCUUUUCUGCUCAUUUGCUGUAUGUUUACUCUGGAGCCAGGUUAGACCCAAAAACUCAGGGAGAGUGUUGGAAGGUCUCAAUCAAUCAGCCGGUGGAUCUUUUCCCAACGCCAGUGUCGUUUAUCUGCCUCCGCUGUUUCUCUUUAGGUGUUGUUCUUUAAUGAGGCGGUUCGUUUAUUCUCUUGAACCAAUUUUUAGGAUUUCUUCUCGAGCUAGCCGCCUUACUACCACCCGUUACUUGAACGCCAAUAGUAACACAACGUUCCUUUGCAAUGACUCUCCUCUAUCAAAGUCAGAUGCAUAAUAAUAUAAUGUAUUAUUCUUCAGAAUUGUUCGACAGUUCAAGUCAAGUCCGCCAUCACCAUCAGUACAUACCGAACCUCCUCAUCGUGCUGUAGCCUGUCACUAACUACUUUGCUGUAUGGUACGGUGAAACGGCUUCUACCGCCGCGCAAGCUGUAGGCGUU